AUGGAACACCCAAUCGGAAUCUGGCACAUUGAUGAGCAUGUCGGUUCCGAAUCCGCAGUUGACGAACGCAUUCACGAAAGUGUGGGAAAGGUUCCCGAGUGCGGAGUCAAACGCCAGGUUCUUCGACAGCCUGCCGUCAGUGAUGUUGAAGUUGGUGUUGAGCUUGGUGACUGGGUACGACCUGAAAAUGUCCUACGUGAGCACGGACUCAGCGCCGCCGUUUUCAGCGAGGUUGAGAUACUUCCCGUGGCUGGCGCAUAUGUACGCCAGCUGCCGGCGGGUGGCGGCAUUGGUGCAGCCGAAUAUGACCUCUCUCACCUUCUCCUGGUCGUCCAGCUUCAGCGCUAUGCGCAGCGCCUCAGCCGAUCGACCCGCUUCCAACAGUAUUUCGUACACCACAACCAGCAUACGCCUAGUUUCAACGUAGGUCGCGCCGAACGCCGAUAUGGAGAUGAUGUACGAGGUGACCCUGGUGAUGAGGUCGUGGUCAUUUCCGCACUUUCGGCGGAUGGACUCUAUCAAGUCGACCUCUAG